UGUUUUCUCCAGCAGUUUCAAUGUUCGUCUUGUAAAUGUAUUUCUUGUAAUAUGACUUUAUUCACAUCAUAUUUUGACCGUUUUCCCCAACCUAAUGAUUACAACUUUUUUCUUUAUCAUCUCAACUCCAUGCUACUAAAAUUCUGUUAUUUUUUCCUCAUCAUAGUCCGGUAUUUCUUGUAAAAACACCACUUUUUCUUGAUAGAUUACAACUUUUUUCUCUUAAUAUUUGGAAUUGAGUCUUGUCAAAUUACUGCUUGUUUUUCCAUCUUAGCUGUUGUUGUUUUUAGUUUUGUUCAAUUGCCCCGCGGCCGUACUUUGGACACCCGUGCCCGAAGUGGAAAGAUGUUGAUCAUAGAUAGUGUGCUAUUUAUAUUUAGUGUGAAAACUGGCCAGCUUAAUUGGGAACUCCCCUUCAGCCCCGUGCAAAGAACCCCAACAUAUCACUAGAUAGGUCUUGAUGGGGGGGGAAGAGGCCUAAUUAUAUUUAAUAACAUUCUGUGUGUAACCAUAAUUUCCGACCAAACUUGAAAACAGCCACUUUAUUAGGAACCCACCCUUCAGGCCGUACCAUGUAUACUGUAUAACAUGCAAGCCACUCUUUUUCUAGCGUUACGUAACCGAAACGAGACAUUGCUUGUACAUUUACUUGAGACGUAAGAAGAAUGUCUGAUCAUGAAGUAUCAGUUUGUUGACAUCGUUUUCUUCUAUUUGUGCAAGCACUUGUGAAAAACGUUCGACUAAGACGUCUGCCACGAAGGACGGAAGGCUCGUUAGACCUGUGCAGACGUUUUGAAGGUGAGUGGCAGUUCCUCUCCGGGUUUCCACUUGUAUUAAAAGAAAAAUAUGUUACGUGGGUCGGACAGCGCUGCAUGGAUUUUACAAUACCGUGCGUUAUAUAGAUGAUACCUGCAAUCUCCUAGCUUAUGAAAGACAAUUCAAUAUAGUUUUAUGAGAGAUGUUAUUAACUGAGAGGUUUAGGGCUACACAAGUAAGUUCAUAAAGGUCAGUGGUACUUACAUGGCUGAGAGGCGUGAGGACAAAGAGGGGCGGGUACUGUGUGUGUGUGUGUGUGUGUAAGCCUGCUUCUCAGAUAAGUUCAAGGAGCAGUGAGACACACACACAACAAGUUGGAACCUCCGCGAAGCAGGCCAGGAGACGCCUGUGUGUGCGUGUUUGGUGGUACCUUGUGACAACAGCGGAAAGAAGUAGCUGUUUGCAGCCAGGAUGAAGCUGCCGGUGUUGUGCUUCUGUCUUCUGCAUUUGGCCUUUGUCAGCGGAGGACUACUCACCCGGAACGAUCUCCAAAGUGGCGGCAGCAAUUUAAUCUCCAGGAGAGCAGGUCACCAGCAUGGCAGCAGACACAGGACACUGUUUGCAAGAAGAGGACAAUAUGAACAGCAGAAACUUCAGAUGAUGAGGCCGAGAGGGAUGCCAGCUGUACCAAAGGACAACACCCCUACCAAGGCACCACCAAAACCUGCCACCACCGCAUGCUCUCAGCUGGGACAAAGCUGUAUCCCCCACCAGGGAUGCUGUGAGCCUUGCUCUGCCUGCCACUGCCAUUUCUUCAAAGCCAUUUGUUUCUGCAGGAGGAUAAACAUGCAGUGCCUCAAAAACACAUAAAGAACCCCAAAAAACCCGGGACUGGACACAUGCAAACACAGACAUCACACAAAGUCACUAUUAAAACAGUAAAUGGCCAUUUGAAUGACUUCAUGUAGCCUUUUGUGAAAGGCAACUUGCACAGUAUGCUAUGAUGUCAUGAAUUAACGGAAUAUUCUACUAAUACUGUAUCACUAUUUAGUGUGCCUUUGUUACAUUUAUAAGAUGGUUAUUAUUGUAAUUAUAUGUGAUAUUAAUGUGUUACCAGUGGUCUACUAUUGCAUUCUGCAGGGACUCCAGCUCCCAUGGGCGGGCAGGUGGUGCAUUUGGUACCUGGGCCUUUAAUCCACCUCCUAAUACCACUACUAUAAUGUCGUGGUAUACACAUGCGUAUACCAGGAUGCAAUAUAACAAAGCGAGGGCUUACAGAGAGAGCAAACAUAUUGUGUGUAAUAGACUCAGUAAAAGCACCAAUUAAACCAUAUUAAGCAUUUUUAGUCUAGCUAGAACAUUUACUGCAGGUGAGCAGAGCUGCCGCUUGCUUAUGUUUGAUCGUCUAGUGUGCUGUCCACAUAUGGCCAUGUUGUUUACAUGUUCUAUUUAGCUCAUUGACGACUGAUUGAUACU